UCGCGGGCGCCGUCCCGGCCUUGGACAGCUCUUCCUUCCUGGGUUUGGGUCCAGCUCCAGACGUCCCGGCUCCUUUGUCAUUCCUCCCCCCGCCCCCCGCGCUGCCCUUCCGGGGGGCAUGCAUGUCAGCCCUCUUCCGAAUUGUCAGAAAUUCCUUUCCACUCUGUGGGCGGGAGGCAGGUGUUUUUGGUUUUUUUUUUUUUAACUGUCUCCCUUCUCUUUAUUUAUUUUAUUUUUCCAUUUCACUCCCUUACCUCCUCCUGCCCCUGCUUUUUAUUUUUUAUUUUUUUGGAUUGCUCCUUCUUCCCCCUUCAAUUUCACCCUCUCGCCUGCCCCCUCUCUCCGUUCCCCUCCCCCCAGGAGUGUUUGUGCUUUUAAAAUCAUUCAAGGAUGCCUCUGGAAUACUAGCGCACACUCCUCAUUCAGCUGAGCGCGGGACUCUGCAUUAAUUCAAGAGCAAUGAUCUGUGAUGGUGCCCGAGAUGCGUGGACUGAGCCCAGGCCGCAGGCUGCCCGAGCCCACCCCCUACCCAGCUGCGGGCGGGAGCCCUGAGCCAGGGCCUGUGGGCCACCACCGCCACGUGCUGGCCCUGCCCGAGGAGGAGGCAUGGCGGCCCCAGCAGUGCUCCCUGCUCGAGGCCGAUGCCUCCGACGAGGUGGGCAUGCUGCCAGCCUCCCCGCGCGCCGCCGUCUCUGGCUUCGACAACUUCUUCCCGGUGCAGGAGGGCGAAGGCGCAGGCUGGGAGUGCGGCUCCAGCCCCUUCCUCCCUGUGAGCCCCGAGGUGAUGAAGCGCAGGCGCGGGGGCCUCAUCGAGCAGCGCGACAUCAUCAAAGCCCACGAGGCGCACAAGAUGCAGAGCACCCCACAGGCCCGGCGCAAGGAGUGGGAGAUGGCUCGCUUCGGGGAGGCGGUGGUCGGCAGGCCGGGGUCUGGCGAUGGAGACUCGGACCAGAGCAGGAACCGGCAAGGCACCCCCGUGCCGGCCUCGGGGCCGGCGGCCGCCUACAAGCAGUCGAAAGCGCAGAGGGCGCGGACUAUGGCUUUGUACAACCCCAUCCCCGUCCGGCAGAACUGUUUCACCGUCAACAGAUCCCUGUUCAUCUUCGGAGAAGAGAACAUUGUCAGGAAAUACGCCAAGAAGCUCAUCGAUUGGCCGCCCUUUGAGUACAUGAUCCUGGCCACCAUCAUCGCCAACUGCAUCGUCCUGGCUCUGGAGCAGCAUCUUCCCGAGGACGACAAGACCCCGAUGUCCCGCAGGCUGGAGAAGACGGAGCCGUAUUUCAUUGGGAUCUUUUGCUUUGAAGCUGGGAUCAAAAUCGUGGCCCUGGGGUUCAUCUUCCACAAGGGCUCGUACCUCCGCAAUGGCUGGAACGUCAUGGACUUCAUCGUGGUUCUCAGCGGCAUCCUGGCUACGGCGGGAACCCACUUCAACACACACGUGGACCUGAGGACCCUGCGGGCCGUGCGUGUCCUGAGGCCCCUGAAGCUCGUGUCCGGGAUACCCAGCCUGCAGAUCGUGCUGAAGUCCAUCAUGAAGGCCAUGGUGCCCCUCCUGCAGAUCGGCCUCCUGCUCUUCUUCGCCAUCCUGAUGUUCGCCAUCAUCGGCCUGGAGUUCUACAGCGGGAAGCUGCACCGCGCGUGCUUCACGAACAAUUCAGGUAUUCUGGAAGGAUUCGACCCCCCUCACCCAUGUGGCGUGCAGGGCUGUCCUGCUGGCUACGAAUGCAGGGACUGGAUCGGCCCCAACGACGGGAUCACCCAGUUCGAUAACAUCCUCUUCGCCGUGCUGACUGUCUUCCAGUGCAUCACCAUGGAAGGGUGGACCACCGUGCUGUACAAUACCAAUGAUGCCUUAGGAGCCACCUGGAAUUGGCUGUACUUCAUCCCCCUCAUCAUCAUUGGAUCCUUCUUCGUUCUCAACCUAGUCCUGGGAGUGCUUUCCGGGGAAUUUGCCAAAGAGAGGGAGAGAGUGGAGAACCGGAGAGCUUUCAUGAAGCUGCGGCGCCAGCAGCAGAUUGAGCGGGAGCUGAACGGGUACCGCGCCUGGAUAGACAAAGCAGAGGAAGUCAUGCUUGCCGAAGAAAAUAAAAACUCUGGAACGUCAGCCUUGGAAGUGCUUCGGAGGGCCACCAUCAAGCGCAGCCGGACGGAGGCCAUGACCCGAGACUCCAGCGAUGAGCACUGUGUCGAUAUCUCCUCUGUGGGCACCCCCCUCGCCCGAGCCAGCAUCAAAAGCACAAAGGUGGACGGUGCCUCCUACUUCCGGCACAAGGAAAGGCUUCUGCGCAUCUCCAUCCGCCACAUGGUGAAGUCCCAGGUGUUUUACUGGAUCGUGCUGAGCCUUGUGGCUCUCAACACCGCCUGCGUGGCCAUCGUCCAUCACAACCAGCCCCAGUGGCUCACGCACCUCCUCUACUAUGCAGAAUUUUUGUUCCUGGGACUCUUCCUCUUGGAGAUGUCCCUGAAGAUGUAUGGCAUGGGGCCUCGCCUCUAUUUUCACUCUUCCUUCAACUGCUUUGAUUUCGGGGUCACAGUGGGCAGCAUCUUUGAAGUGGUCUGGGCCAUCUUCAGGCCUGGCACAUCUUUCGGGAUCAGCGUCUUGCGAGCUCUGCGGCUUCUAAGGAUAUUUAAGAUAACUAAGUACUGGGCGUCCCUGCGGAAUUUGGUGGUCUCCCUGAUGAGUUCCAUGAAGUCUAUCAUCAGUUUGCUCUUCCUCCUCUUCCUCUUCAUCGUUGUCUUUGCUCUCCUAGGAAUGCAGCUGUUUGGGGGCAGGUUCAACUUUAAUGACGGGACCCCUUCAGCGAACUUCGACACUUUCCCUGCGGCCAUCAUGACCGUGUUCCAGAUCCUGACGGGCGAGGACUGGAACGAGGUGAUGUACAACGGGAUCCGCUCCCAGGGCGGCGUCAGCUCGGGCAUGUGGUCAGCCAUCUACUUCAUCGUGCUCACCUUGUUUGGAAACUACACACUGCUGAACGUGUUCUUGGCCAUCGCUGUGGACAAUCUGGCCAACGCCCAGGAGCUGACCAAGGAUGAGCAGGAGGAAGAGGAGGCCUUCAACCAGAAGCACGCACUGCAGAAGGCCAAGGAGGUCAGCCCGAUGUCCGCGCCCAACAUGCCCUCUAUCGAGAGGGAGCGGAGGCGCCGCCACCACAUGUCGGUAUGGGAGCAGCGCACCAGCCAGCUGCGGAGGCACAUGCAGAUGUCCAGCCAGGAGGCCCUCAACAAGGAAGAGGCCCCGCCCAUGAACCCCCUCAACCCCCUCAACCCGCUGAGCCCCCUCAACCCACUCAAUGCCCACCCCAGCCUCUACCGGAGAGCGCGGCCCAUCGAGGGCCUGGCCCUGGGCCUGGGCCUGGAGAAGUGCGAGGAGGAGCGCGUCAGCCGUGGGGGGUCCCUCAAGGGCGACAGAGGGGACCUCCCCAGUGCCCUGGACAACCAGAGGAGCCCCUUGUCCCUGGGCAAACGGGAGCCGCCCUGGCUGGCCAGGCCCUGUCAUGGGAACUGUGACCCGGCCCAGCAGGAGGCCGGCGGAGGGGAGGCCGUGGUGACCUUCGAGGACCGGGCCAGGCACAGGCAGAGCCAGAGGCGCAGCCGGCACCGCCGCGUCCGGACGGAAGGCAAGGAGCCCUCCUCCGCCUCCCAGAGCCGGUCUGCCAGCCAGGAACGGGGUCUGGACGACGGCGUGCCCACCGAGGGGGACAAGGACCGCGAGCCCCGGGGCGGCCACGGAGGCAAGGAGCCCACGAUCAAGGAGGAGGAGAGGGGCCCGGACCUGAGGAGGACCAACAGCCUGAUGGUGGCCAGAGGCGUCGGGCUGGCGGGGGCCCUCGAUGAGGCUGACACCCCCCUGGUCCUGCCCCACGCAGAGCUGGCGGUGGGCAAGGCGCCGCCGGAGCGGGAGCCAGGGGGCGGCAGCGAGCAGGCCCUGCUGGGGGACGUGCAGCUGGACGUGGGCCGGGUCAUCAGCCAGAGCGAGCCCGACCUCUCCUGCGCCACGGCCAACACGGACAAGGCUGCCACCGAGAGCACCAGCGUCACGGUGGCCAUCCCCGACGUGGACCCCUUGGUGGACGCGACCGUGGUGCACAUUAGCAACAAGACUGAUGGUGAGGCCAGCCCCUUGAAGGAGGCAGAGAUCAAGGAGGAGGAGGAGGAGGAGGUGGGGAAGAAGAAGAAGGAGAAGCGGGAGGGCAAGGCCAUGGUCCCCCACAGCUCCAUGUUCAUCUUCAGCACCACCAACCCGAUCCGCAGGGCCUGCCACUACAUCGUGAACCUGCGCUACUUCGAGAUGUGCAUCCUCCUGGUGAUCGCGGCCAGCAGCAUCGCCCUGGCAGCUGAGGACCCCGUCCUGACCAACUCGGAGCGCAACAGAGUCCUGAGGUAUUUCGACUACGUUUUCACCGGCGUGUUCACCUUUGAGAUGGUCAUUAAGAUGAUAGACCAGGGCUUGAUUCUGCAGGACGGGUCCUACUUCCGAGACCUGUGGAACAUCCUGGACUUCGUGGUGGUGGUCGGCGCGCUGGUGGCCUUUGCUCUGGCGAACGCUUUGGGAACCAACAAGGGGCGGGACAUCAAGACCAUCAAGUCCCUGCGGGUGCUCCGCGUUCUGAGGCCGCUGAAGACCAUCAAGCGCUUGCCCAAGCUCAAGGCUGUGUUCGACUGCGUGGUGACCUCGCUGAAGAACGUCUUCAACAUACUCAUCGUCUACAAGCUCUUCAUGUUCAUCUUCGCCGUGAUCGCCGUUCAGCUCUUCAAGGGGAAGUUCUUUUACUGCACCGACAGCUCCAAGGACACGGAGAAGGAGUGCAUAGGCAACUACGUGGAUCACGAGAAAAACAAGAUGGAGGUGAAAGGUCGGGAGUGGAAGCGCCACGAGUUCCACUACGACAACAUCAUCUGGGCCCUGCUGACCCUCUUCACCGUCUCCACGGGGGAAGGCUGGCCGCAAGUUCUGCAGCACUCCGUCGACGUGACGGAGGAGGACCGAGGCCCGAGCCGCAGCAACCGCAUGGAGAUGUCCAUCUUCUACGUGGUCUACUUUGUGGUCUUCCCUUUCUUCUUUGUCAACAUCUUUGUGGCUCUCAUCAUCAUCACCUUCCAGGAGCAGGGCGACAAGAUGAUGGAGGAGUGCAGCCUGGAGAAGAACGAGAGGGCGUGCAUUGACUUCGCCAUCAGCGCCAAGCCACUCACGCGCUACAUGCCGCAGAACAGGCACACCUUCCAGUACCGCGUCUGGCACUUCGUGGUGUCCCCAUCCUUCGAGUACACCAUCAUGGCCAUGAUCGCCCUGAACACCAUCGUGCUGAUGAUGAAGUACUACUCUGCUCCCUGCACGUACGAGCUGGCCCUGAAGUACCUGAACAUUGCCUUCACCAUGGUGUUUUCCUUGGAAUGUGUCCUGAAGGUCAUCGCCUUCGGCUUCUUGAACUAUUUCCGGGACACUUGGAACAUCUUCGACUUCAUCACCGUGAUCGGCAGCAUCACGGAAAUCAUUCUGACGGACAGCAAGCUGGUGAACACCAGCGGCUUCAACAUGAGCUUCCUGAAGCUCUUCCGCGCCGCCCGCCUCAUCAAGCUCCUGCGCCAGGGCUACACCAUCCGCAUCCUGCUGUGGACCUUCGUGCAGUCCUUCAAGGCCCUCCCCUACGUCUGCCUUCUGAUUGCCAUGCUUUUCUUCAUCUACGCCAUCAUUGGGAUGCAGGUGUUUGGAAACAUAAAAUUAGACGAGGAGAGUCACAUCAACCGGCACAACAACUUCCGGAGCUUCUUUGGGUCCCUCAUGCUGCUCUUCAGGAGCGCCACCGGGGAGGCCUGGCAGGAGAUCAUGCUGUCCUGCCUCGGGGAGAAGGGCUGCGAGCCCGACACCACGGCGCCGGCGGGGCAGAGCGAGAGCGAGCGCUGCGGCACCGACCUGGCCUACGUGUACUUCGUGUCCUUCAUCUUCUUCUGCUCCUUCUUGAUGCUCAACCUGUUCGUGGCCGUCAUCAUGGACAACUUCGAGUACCUGACUCGGGACUCGUCCAUCCUGGGGCCUCACCACUUGGACGAGUUUGUCCGCGUCUGGGCAGAAUACGACCGAGCUGCGUGUGGCCGCAUCCAUUACACUGAGAUGUAUGAAAUGCUGACUCUCAUGUCACCACCGCUAGGCCUCGGCAAGAGAUGUCCCUCCAAAGUGGCAUAUAAGAGGCUGGUGCUGAUGAACAUGCCUGUAGCCGAGGACAUGACAGUCCACUUCACCUCCACCCUGAUGGCUCUGAUCCGCACAGCUCUGGACAUCAAAAUCGCCAAAGGUGGUGCUGACAGGCAGCAGCUGGACUCGGAGCUGCAGAAGGAGACCCUGGCCAUCUGGCCUCACCUGUCCCAGAAGAUGCUAGAUCUGCUUGUGCCCAUGCCUAAAGCCUCUGACCUGACCGUGGGCAAAAUCUAUGCGGCAAUGAUGAUCAUGGACUACUAUAAGCAGAGUAAGGUGAAGAAGCAGAGGCAGCAGCUGGAGGAACAGAAAAACGCCCCCAUGUUCCAGCGCAUGGAGCCCUCGUCUCUGCCGCAGGAGAUCAUCGCCAAUGCCAAAGCUCUGCCUUACCUGCAGCAGGAGCCCGCCGCAGGCCUGAGUGGCCGGAGCGGGUACCCUUCGAUGAGUCCGCUCUCCCCGCAGGAAAUAUUCCAGCUGGCAUGCAUGGACCCCGCCGACGACGGGCAGUUCCAGGAGCAGCAGUCUCUGGAGCCAGAGUUUAGUGAAUUAAAAAGCGCGCAACCCUCUAACCAUGGCAUCUACCUUCCUCCGGACACCCAGGAGCAUGCGGGAUCUGGGAGGGCAUCCUCUUUGCCACGCCUGACUGUGGAUCCCCAGGUGGUGACAGACCCCAGCUCCAUGAGACGUUCCUUCUCCACCAUCCGGGACAAGCGUUCCAACUCCUCCUGGUUGGAGGAGUUCUCCAUGGAGCGCAGCAGUGAAAACACGUACAAGUCCCGUCGCCGGAGUUACCACUCCUCCCUGCGGCUGUCGGCCCAUCGCCUGAACUCGGACUCGGGCCACAAGUCCGACACACACCGCUCAGGGGGCAGAGAGCGUGGCCGAUCGAAAGAGCGAAAGCACCUUCUCUCCCCCGAUGUCUCCCGCUGCAACUCAGAGGAGCGAGGGACCCAGGCUGACUGGGAGUCCCCAGAACGACAUCAGUCCCGGUCUCCCAGUGAGGGCAGGUCACAGACCCCCAACAGACAGGGCACGGGUUCCUUGAGCGAGAGCUCCAUCCCCUCCAUGUCUGACACCAGCACCCCAAGACGAAGCCGUCGGCAGCUCCCCCCGGUCCCUCCAAAGCCUCGGCCCCUCCUCUCCUACAGCUCCCUGAUCCGACACUCGGGGAGCACCUCUCCCCCCGCGGAUGGCAGCGAGGGCGGCUCCCCGCUGACCUCCCAGGCUCUGGAGAGUGAGGACGCCGGCCUGCCGGAGGCCUCCAGGUCCCGGCACGCUUCGCACGGCCACCCCUCCCCGCAGCGCUACAUCUCCGAGCCCUACCUGGCCCUGCACGAAGACUCCCACGCCUCGGACUGUGGCGAGGAGGAGACGCUCACGUUUGAAGCAGCCGUGGCCACCAGCCUGGGCCGGGCCAACACCAUUGGCUCAGCCCCACCCCUGCGGCACAGCUGGCAGAUGCCCAACGGGCACUACCGGCGGCGGAGGCGCGGAGGGCCCGGGCCAGGCACAAUGUGUGGCGCUGUCAGCGACCUCCUGAGUGACACAGAAGAGGACGACAAGUGCUAGAGGCUGCUCCCCCCUCCGAUGCAUGCUCUUCUCUCACACGGAGAAAACCCAGACCGAGUUGGGAAGCCGGUGCGGCCCGGGGGGAGGAGGCGGGCAGGACAGCGUGCAUUAUCCGAGGAGGAGGAGGACGAGACAGAAGGCAAACCAGUCACACCCACCAAAUUGCUUUACUUCCCUAUGCAAGAUGGGCACCGCCAUAGUUCUGCCUCUCUGCUGGGGAAAGACGACACGGGAGCACGGAGGGCCAUUCCCGUGGGAGCGGGGACGCCAGGACGGCUUUGCUUCCACUGCCCCUUCCCGCUCUUCCAGAAGCUGCAGAGGACUCAAGCUGGCCUGUGUCUCCGCCCAUCGCCCUGCGAGGCCCGGAAGCCUUUCUGGCUCUUAACUGGGGGGUUGCGGAGAUCCUCCGAGGGGAGUCCCCUCCCUCCCUCACCUGCUCCCCAGCCAGCACCAUCGCCACCAGGCAGCUGCCUCUCAUGGGCUACCCUGUGGCUUGCUUCCCCAAAGCAGCAUAGACUGAGUUCAGGAGCAUUGGACGCCAAGGGCAGGGGCAGGGAGGGAGGAAACACUGGCGAGGAGGGGUCAGGGUGCUGUGGCGGCCGCAGCAGCAGCCAGGGCUGGUCUGGAUGAGCAAAGCCAUAGCCCAGCCGCCCACACCGUGCAGGGAGGCUUGGAGAAGUAGAGAGCUGGCGGUGCUGGUGGGGGCAGGGUUGUCCCCACAGCAGGUGCUCCAGGUGUUCGGCCGAGGAGGUCCCCCAGGGUCCAGCAGCACUGGGAAGGGUGCUGGUUUAAGAGUCUGUACAACUCCCGUGGCCAGGGCACCAGCUGAUGAGACUGGGGUCCGGCCUUAGGGCUGGUCUCGGGAGUCCUGCGGGCAGGGGCAGUGUGGCAGCAGCAGGACUCAGGCGGAGUCUGCUUUCCAACCAGAACAGGGUCGUGAAGGACGGGGACUGGAACGUCCUGACUGGAAGGCAGCGGGCCUCUGCCUGGCAGCAAGACCGAGCCAGAUGCCCGGGGCCCAACCAGCCUUCCCUGCCGCUCCCCCAGGAGAACACACCCAGUGGGGACUUUGAUAGAGGUGGGGCAGGCCAGCCCACCCAAACAAAAGCUUCAGGUACUGUCGGAGUUUGCUCAGGACCUCCUGUGAGGGGAGCCCUCCGCCCCAAGCUUCUGCAGCUACUUUGUGGUUGAGCGUUGUGUCUGGAGCCUUUAGAGGGGAUUAGUGAUAUACCUCAGUGAGACCUGGGCCGGUCGUUCCAGUGAAGCAGGCUCUGGCGCGGCCUUGUUCCACACCGAGCGACAGCCUGGGGCCCUGACUGUCGCCAGGGCCAUACCUGCGCUCUGCCCCUUCCCCGAGUAAGAGCUGAGCAGAAGACAGCCUCAGGGUAUCCUUCCUGACCCCCGAAGCUCGAAAGUAUUGAAAAAAAGAGCCCUUACUUGGCAAAUCCGUAUAAUUGUCCAUUUGGUGGAACCCAUCGCUGUCUGUAUCUGGUGGAAGUGCACUGUCCCCUUAAGCCCCUCUGCAGUCCCCCGGCACCGUCACAGUGGGUGGCAGGGUCCCCUUGCUCAGCCAGGAGUGGGUGGGGCCUGCUGCUCAGAGGCCCCCACAGGAAGACGCGGUGGCCCCUGGACCACGGACGCAGUGGGUGCGCACUCCUCCUCCGGCGCAGACCUGCUUCUUGGGUCGGAGCAGCCAAUGACUGUUACUUUUCCUAGAAAGAGCCUCCGUUUUGUUGCCCUUUUCUUUUUUUUUUUUUUUUUGGUUGAAAUAGAAAUAAGGCAUUGCCACAUCAGCUCUAAGAAGCCCAAUUCAAGCCUGUGGUUGCAGAUUCAUUUAUCAUGGCCCUGCCUUCUUGUCUAGGUAUUGAUGGGGCCUCACAACCCACGGUCUGCCCCCAAACCAAAGUAGCCCCAGGGCAGGGGAACCACUGAGGCAGAGAGAAAGGCCCACCCAUCUCAGACCCUCUUCCAUUUCCUCUCCCACUCAGCCCGUGGGCUCAGGAGUAGCUGGGAAGGUGACCAGGAGGAAGCGAUGCGCCGAUCCUAGCAGGCACGGUUGUUACAUAAGACUCUGACGCUGGGCUUGGACGGUUCGAAAGGUUUCCUCUGCUCUGCGUCAUUUCACGCCAAAGUGUUGCUAGGGGCAGCUUUUGUGUGCACGAAAUUGCUUUCUUCCACCUGGGAAAUGCAGCUUUCGCUAGGCCAGGCCUACAGCAGGCUGACAUUCUGAGCCCACGAGUCUGUCACAUUGUUUGGAGAAAGGGAAUUGAAGCUGUUUCAACCUGAGCGGGCAGAGCAAUUAGCGGAGAUGGAAUGUGCUGCCAACAGCAUUACAGACACGAGACUUACUGGGCCAGGAAGCCCUCCCGGCCCCCUGAACACCUUAAACUCACAUACACACACCCACCCCGGCACGAGAGUCCCGAAUGCAGUGGCAGAGAGCACCACAGAUGUGGCCCCCUAACCCACCACCCGCAUUUUCUAGUUCCAAUGAACUUACGACCUCUCUUAUUCAACUCACCGUGAGCGAGAAAUCAGGUUUCCUAUCUCGUGGCCUGCAUUUGCCCUUUGAUGCCAGAAAAUAAAAGAAUUUUCUGCCAAGUCACGGAACUCAUGAUCAUGGUCAUCUUCUGACAGUUUCCUUCAGCCUCUAAAUGAACAUGAACUCCAACCUUCCCUCAGAUAAUCAGCCAGGAUAUUCCAAGACACCGGAUUCUGCCUCUUUGCUUCCCCACGAAGAGGCCCCUUCGGAUGUCCAACCCGACAGAGGAUGGCGGCCACUGUGCAUCACGCAGCACGACGCAUUCGGCCUAGGUCCCUUCCAAAGAACCCUUCGCUGGAAGUCUGGUUUCCCUCUCUCAUACGAGAGGUAAAAGGUGGGGGCGGGGCGCCCCGGACUCCCGGCAGGCCGUCAGACACGGGGAUGAGCUCUAGACUCCGGAUCACAGCUCCCUCUCAGCCGUGGUCAGGAGACCUUCACCCGCACCACACGGGGAUGGCGGCCCGUUCACUCUUCUAGCAGGAGAAUCCGUUUCUACCCUGGGCUUCCCCACUCAGCGUCCCUGUGGGGUCCUGACAUCACUGAGAACAUUUCUCCGAAGCUGAACCCCAGACGUCUGGGCUUUUCCCUCCCUUGACUCUGAGGCCACACAGGGGAGACUCCACGUGCCCCACCGCCGCCAGUGUCCCCUUCCCCACACGCACCCACCCCGCAGCCAGCCAGUGGGAUGCACCGCGGAGCGCGCUGUUCUCCGCCCCGGCCUUGUCUCGCUGCAUGCUGACACCGACUCGGCCCCCAAGAUGGCGAACCUGCCCGAGCCAAGCUUAUUUGCUGACCUGCCUGCCUCGGCUGUCCUCACUGCUGCCGGACGAUGCUUUAUCCUCACGAAAGACAGUCGGGAGCUCCCCAGGUGAUGCGAAACGGUGUGAGGUGCUGGACCGUGGGGGUGUGUGGGGAGUGAGUGUGACAUGUCCGCGAGACUCAAUGAAAGCCCACUGCAAGGAAAUCGGGCCUCUGGGCAUAAUGGAACAAAAUUUAAUAAUUUUGUUUUUUACAGAACGUUCUCAAUUUUUCAUUACAUCCUGUUUGUAAAGCCUGCUCUGGAUGUCUCAUUUUUUUGGACAGAGUAUUUCUGUAGCGGGUUGAGCCAGGGAUAAGUUGAGAGAGUCUUCCAUUUCUCAGCCUACCUACAAUAUAUUAUUUAUAAGUAUUAUGAGGUCGUAUAGGAAAGGCAGGCAAGGGGCAGGGAGUAGGGAGUCCACCCACCGUGCAGGGAUUCUGUGAGACUUGAGGGUUACGGCGCUUUGCUGUUUUUGUCAGCUUUAUGUGUGUGGUGUGUUGAGACCCCCAAAGGUCUGGCACCCGUGUGCACGAAGAGUCAUGGGGGUGGGCUCCUCCACGGCAGCUCCUCGCCCUGCCGUGUGUCCUCCCCAGCACAUCGAGGACCUCGUGACACAGGAGAGAGGGCAAGAGUGGACCCCUUGCAGACGGCCAGUCAGGGCAUAACUGUUCAACUCCAGACAAGAGCCCCACAGAGAGUCAGGUCCAGGUUUAGACAACAACGCAUCCACACGGAGACACUCAUUUUAACAAAAGCCAAACGACACGAACUCAGGAAUUACAGCCUAACGGAUCCAUGAAGUGACCCAAGGAGACUCCACGCGAAUCAGCACUGCCUGCAUUAGCAGCUGUGCCUUUCUGGGUUUUGUUGGUUCCUCUGAGCUGCCUCGUACAGCAUAGCCAGGGCUCACCCGACAGAGCAGCAGCCGAGGCUCCUCUGCUGGCUGCAGUCAACGGGCUCCGCCACGGACUGCAGGGGUGGCGGAUCUGCUGCCAGCAGCUGCUGCUCCCCCAGCCACAGAAGGUGGACAUACCGCUCUCUCGGGGACAAAGGACUAGGAACACAAACACCUAUCUUUGUUUCUGAUGGCCAUCUUUUUCUUCCCUUGAACCCUUUCUGCUCUGCCCCUCUGUGGCUUAUGCGCCCCAGCAACAUCCCUGUAAGCCAAAGACAACAGAUUCCUAGAUGGUCCCAAUGACCCGAAGGGCCUGGGGAGCUCUUAACACAGCUCGAGCCAGGCAGCUGAGAAUUGAGAGUGGGACUCCCAGCAGAGGCCAGAACCGCACUGCCGCGCAGGCGGCCCCCACAGCGCCCCCUACUUCCGUAGUCGUGCUGCCUUCUGCUCCCUUUCCCGUGCUGAACACAGGGGGCUGGGGUCUUGACCUUCUAAAUGCAAAAACAGGUUUUAUAAUAAGCCAUGCUACUAUGUAAAUACAUCAUGGAAGUUUGAAUCCUUAUUUCUGGGAGUUUGAGAGAGUAGAUCAGGUGAAAGGAGGUAAGGAGGUUUACAUUUAUUUGGGUUUUUUUGUUUGGUUGGUUGGGUUUUUGGUAACAGAUCUGUUCUGGAACAGCAGAGGCUGGCUGUGCCCCGCAGUGUUUCUGAAUCAGCCUCGCUCUGGGAAGUGACCUUUGUCGCGUGCACUGAUGCGAUGUGAUAGCCGAGGGAAAAGUCUGAGGCUCCACGGUGCCAGCUCCCUCUUCUCUCGGCUCUCCUCUCAUCUUGCUCCUCCUCUGCCUGUUCUCCUGCCCCUGCCUCUUUGUCUCUUCUCCUUCUAGGCACUUGAUGUACCAUCUAGACCCAUGCAAAACGGCCUCAAAACUUCAGUGAAAGCCAAGGAAACAAUAGCAUGAAUAUGGAAUUUUUUUUCAGGACAUUUUUAACCCCUAAGUACAAAAUUUAUGUCUUGAGAAGGUCAAACAUUUUAAAAACAGUGUAGCAAUGGGGUAAAUGAAAAUUAUUGGGAGCCCAAAGAUAAAUUCUAUUCCAGCCUCCUACAGGGACUUGGGCUCUGCAGCCGGGGUGCGCCCUCUCUCCCGCUUUCUGUGGUCGGUCGGGAGGUUGAAACGCGAUGCUCGCCUCGCUGGUGGCUGGGUCACCGUGUUUGUAAGUUAGUAAGUCAUCAGUUACAGCUCUUCGUCUCCACACAUCAAUUUGGGGGGGGGGGACCCUGAAACUAUGUUGCAUGGAACCUGAAUCCAGGAUUUGCUCUGUCACACUCUAUUCUGCCUAUUUUCCCUUCUUCAUCUUCGUAGCUUUCUAAAAAGAACAACCACCCAGACUUUUUUUUUCUAAGUGCAGGAAGGAAGCGGAGUUUUCAGGCCCAGGCCUUCCCACCGUCUUCUCUCGGUGGCCACGUAAACCAGCCUCGGAUCCAGCACCCGCACGCUCACGCCCAGGCUCUCCACAAGACCCCUCCUCCCCGUCGGUGGGGGAGUCUGAAUAAGGCCCCCCCCCACCCCCACUCUGCCAUCUCGGAGACAGGAGUGGCUUCCUCUGUGCUCUGGACUCAGACCCCAGAAUCUGUACCAGGGAGUGCCGCUCCUCCUCGGUCCCCUCAGAGGAGGGCCCCCCAGAUGAAAGCAGGCUAAGUCAGACAAGACUGCCGAUCUGAACCUGACCUUACUCGGUGACUCCGUCUCCCUCCCGGCGUUCCGACUUCUUACAGCAACGGUCCACGCUGCACUGCCACUCCAAGCCAGUUUGUUAGAAAUCUUCACAGAGGACGAGCAGGAAAAAUACUCUCCAAAUUUUCAAAGUGCCGUUAAUCAGUUUUUUUAAAUAAAGGUAACAUGAAGUGAGGGCUAAAACAACGUAAUCUAACUGCCAAUUAAAGUAUACAGUCGUCCUGAUCUUUGCUACACUUGCUAUGGAGCUGUAUAACGCUAAGCAGAUUCCAGCAGAUCUAGUGAAAACAUAGGUAUUGAAUUUUAAUGGCUCCCAACAGGGAUACACACUCAGCCUACAGGCCAGACUUCAAUCAGUGUUUUUCUAUCUUGGCGUUUUGUGGCCGAGCCAAAAUUUAUACAAAGCCGCCCUAAGUGCUGCAGUGGCAGAGGAACCUCCCUCCCGGCGACAUUAGAGAGCAGUCCAGCUCCACUCGAGCUGAAGCCAAGAUCUGGAACUCGCCCAGAAAAACAGA